GAGACGACCAAAAGUUGUGGUGAAAGAAAAGAGACCGAUUAUUGCGCCAAAACCAAAGGUGUUGUCUCCCUCUCCCUUCUUCUUCUUUUUCCUCGUCUUCUUCUUCAUCCGAUUCCCUUACAGCCUCUACUCCUUCCCCGCUGCGAUCUCGUCUCCAUCUUCUUCUUAAAGACACCAAUUCUACGACCCAAUCAAAAAUGGAUCCACCAGUCUCGGAUCUCGACAAAAUCGACGACCAGAAAGAAAAAGGCCCUUCCUUCCACUGCGACCUCUACGACACAGAGCUAGUCCACAAGAUGGCUCAAACCCUCCUCCCGGGACUCUCCACCGCCUGCGUUGACAACACGACCGGAGACAUCUUCAAAAGCCCAGGCUCCGUUGCCGCCGACAUCCGCAAAGAGAUGAUCGAGUACCUAACUCACAGAAGCGAAACCUUCGUCGCCGAGCACAUCGUCCUCCAAGACGACGCCGAAGCCUCUCAUCACCCUUUCGACAUAGUCUCCGACUUCAUCGACGACUUCGCGACCUCGAAAAGGAACCUCUUCAGCCGCGUCUCCGGCUGGCUCCUCAGCGAGAGGAGAGAAGAUAACAUUGAUGAUUUCGCUCAGGAGAUGGAGAUAAGCGGCUUCUGGUUGACCGAUCACAGGCAAGGACUAGCUCAGACGCUGCUUAAAAACGUCGACUUUAAGAACCUUUCUCACUGCGAGAUGAAGUUUGGGACGGGAGAGGAGCUAGCUGAGCACGCGUUGAGAUGUGGGUAUAGAACGAUGGACUGCGAGAACGAAGGGUGCAAUGCGGUGUUCUGCGCGAAGCAGAUGGAGAGUCAUGGCUCCGUUUGCCCGUUUAAGAUAAUACAGUGUGAGCAGAGCUGUGGAGAGAGUAUUAUGAGGCGUGAGAUGGACAGGCAUUGUAUUACUGUGUGUCCUAUGAAGCUUGUGAACUGUGCGUUUCGUGCUGUUGGUUGUCUUGAUGAUGUGCGUCAGUGCGAGGUUCAGCAGCAUCAGGUGGAGAAUGUGGGGAAUCAUUUGAUGUGUGUUCUCAAGAGUAUCUACAAGGAAGCUUCUGUGGAUGAUCUCAAACCCCGAGCUGAACAGAUACAGCAGUUGUCUGCAAGGUUGUCCGAAGCCAGGAAUGCAAGGUCGCUGACGAAUCUUGUUAAGGAGAUUGAUGCAAAGCUGGGGCCUUUAGAGAUUAAACCAAAGAGUAUUACUGUUUUGGAGUCUGUUAAGCCUGAAGAUACAGAGAAGAAAGAAGCUGAGGUCAAAGGAAAACCAGAGACAGCUGGUUCAUUGGAGCAAACCGUGGUUUCAAAGGAAGCUGAGGUUUUAGUAGAUGAUGUAAAGAAAGUUUCUGAAGCUGAGAUAGCAGAGAAUGUUAACGAAGAAGGGGAACUAAAAGCUCAAAAGCUUUUAGAGAUAGGCGAGUUUAGCAAAGAAGGUGACAACAGCUCUGCAGCUGAUUUGUCAGUGAGAACUGAAACCAAAGCUCCAGAAGUUGUGGUCAUGGAUGAAGAGAGUCCAGAGACAAAACAGUCAAGAACAAAUGAAACCAGAGGUUUAGAGAUUAAAGUGAAUGACGUGAAUGAUGAAGAGAAUAGAGAGGGAACCAAUAACGAAGCACCCUCAAGAGUAGUCAUGGGCAAGGAAGAGGGAGCAAAGACAAUCAACUUAAGUCCUCGUGCUUCUGAUGAAGAUAGAGAGGAGGAGGAGAGUGCAGAGGCAAAACAGUCGAGAACAAAUGAAACCAGAGGUGUAGAGACUGAAGUCAAUGAAGAGAAUAGAGAGACAAAGAAAUCAGAUGAAACCAAAAGCGAAGCACCUUCGAGAAUAGUCAUGGACAAGGAGGAGAAUGAAGAGGGAACAGAGACAAUCAACUUAAAUGCUCGUGCUUCUGCUGAAGAUAGAGAGGAGGAAGAGAAUGCAGAGACAAAACAGUCGAUAACAAAUGAAACCAAAGGUUUAGAGACUGAUGCCAAUGAAGGGAAUAGAGAGAUAAAGAAAUCAGAUGAAACCAAAAGCGAAGCACCCUCGAGAAUAGUCAUGGGCAAGGAGGAGAUUAAAGAGGGAGCAGAGACGAUCAUCAACUCAAGGGCUACUGCUUCUGAUGAAGCUGAAGCAUUGACAAAGAGCUCAGAAGGUUUCUCUAAAGCACAAGCUGAAACCGAACCAAAUAUGUCUUGACAUCUUUUUUUUUGAGAGACCAAACUUAACAUGGUGUGUGUUUUUUUCCCUUAUGUUUUGUCUGUCUGAAAAUAUUAACCUCGUUGAAUACACUUUUCGAGUCAUUAUCAAAUGUUUUUUUGUUGUUGUUGUGCAGAGUCAGAGUCAUCAUCAAAUGUAAUCCAGUUUUGUAUUUACUUAACUGACUCUUUUUUUUUCUUACUUCAUCAAUUGAUUAUAGUUUCAACU